AAUGACUUCACAAUAAUAGACAUAAACCUUUGUUCCUAUUGUAUUAUCUCAAGAAGAAUAUAACCAAAUUCUCAGCCAACCUGCCUAAAUGCACCAAUAACUACUGCAACAAAUCUACUAAAAGAAAUAAUAACAAGCUUAGCCUCAACAACAACAACAAGUGCAUCCUUAUUAAUAAUUUCAAGAAUAAACUUUGAAUUAGUCUUAAAACGCAGCUACCUUAAUCAAUAUACCAUAAAUUCCUACUCAUCCUAACCAACCCGCUUAUCUGUAUUAGUAAGGAGUUUAACCUCUCCCACAAUACGUAUAAUACUAAUAACAGAAUCCAAAUUAAAAUUUAAACAUUAAUCAAAAUCCUUUACAACAUAAAUCUAUUCAAAAUGCUGGUAACUUAGAACUUAAAUAUUUUUAUGAGUGGUCUACAUAUCUAUUUAUGUUUGAAAUUUGUAUUUCGCUCUUAAUUAACACUUCAUCUGCCUUUUUCAAUUGGGAGUUGGUUACAAAUAACUAUUCCUGGAAUAGUGAAUUAUGGGUAGUUUUAAUAUUAUUUUUAAUAUUGAAUUUAUUCAUUUUAACAAAUCCAUCCUAUGUGACUCAAGUAAAUUAUCAUUAUUAUUUUAGAAAAAUAAUCAAAAAUGGCAGUAUUGGAUACAUGUUAUUUUAUACGUAUUGCUAAUGUAAGGUCUUCAAACAGCAGUAUCAGGCAGUGCUACGGUUUUCUCUUGGAAUACCAAUUAUUUCUAUUACUUCUACCUUUUAAUAUGCGUUGAAUUUAUUUCAGUGAGAUUUGCAAUUAAGCGUCUUGGAGUGAAGAAGCCUAUUCAAGAAUAUUUAGGUUACUUAAUAGCUGCCCCAGUUGUUACUUUCUUUUUGGAGUUAAUAUGCCAAGAUUAUUUCUUUAUUUAUGCUCCUUUAUUAAUUUGGGUUAUUUUUGUGGUACUAAUUGGAGCUGGAUAAAUUUUCAUAAUAAAUAGGAUAGUUUAAAAAGGAUAUGUAAGAUUUUAUUCUUAUUUCUUAGAAUAAAUUUUAAACAAAAGAUGUCUUUGCUAUGGCCAUAAGUUUUCCAAUUUUAUUGAUGUGUCCUUUUUACGAUGAGUUAUGAUGAU